GGAGCCACUGUGACAACCACUGUACACGGUUAGUGAAGCAACUGAGCAGCUUCGUUCUCCAGCAACAUAAGCCCUGCUGUAGGUUCUCUCAUUUGCUGUCCCUCCUGAGUGAUGUCUGCAGUAACAGAGCAGUGAAAAUUGGCAUCAAAGAGAAUUCAGAAUUGAAGGAGCAUUGAGAUUUAAGAGGGUUCUGGCAUUGAUCAAGAAUAAAAAGAACAUGGUCAGCAUUUGGUUCCUCCUGUGCUCAGUGACACCGUGGGUGUACUUUACUCUUACAGUGGAAUCUGUUGUCCCCUCAGCGCCCAACCAGUGCCCACAAGGUUGUACCUGCAUCCAUUACCAUCAUGCCAGCUGUGUCAAUUUCAGCCUGAGUGACCUCCCCAUUGAGCUGCCCAAGGCCACUGUAAGACUGACACUCAACUCUGGUCAGAUGCCGGUGAUCCCAAGGGACAGCUUCCUCAACAACUUCAAUUUAAAGGCACUGCAGCUCCGCAACAGCAACAUUCAGCAGAUCAGUCCGGGUGCCUUCAAAGGACUGAGCAAACUGAGGACUCUCCAUGUUGUGGGCAACAACAUUGAGACGCUGCAGACUUCAAGCUUUGGGAACAUAACUGGUCUGAGGCUGCUAUCCUUGCAACACAACCUCAUUGCCAAUAUUAUGCCAGGUGCAUUUUCCUCUUUAAGAAGGGUGAUUAGUCUUGACCUCAGCUACAACAAUCUCGCCGUUCUUAUGGACCAGACGUUCAUAGGUCUUAGAGCUCUGCUCUGGCUACACCUCGGUAACAACCGUAUUGCAGUCAUCUCCUCGAAGGCCUUUGAGGAUAACCGGAGUCUGAGGUUGCUUAGCCUGGAAAGCAACCGGCUGACUGCAGUGCCAACCAAAGCCAUGGAUUCCUUCAGUAGACUCAGCAGCCUGUCACUAAGCGACAAUAUCAUUCCCAGAUUGAGUUCUGGCACCUUUGGUCCCGGGUUAAGAUAUCUGGAGUCAUUGCAUUUGGACAAUACAUCUUUGGCUGAGAUUUCUUCAGGCGCCUUUUCCAUGUUUCGAAACCUGAAAGUUCUGAGCAUGAGGAGCAACCGGUUGGUAACUCUCAGCUUCAGUAAAGAUUUUGAGUCCAUCAGGUGGCUCAGGUUGGGUGGGAACCCCUGGAAGUGCGAUUGUGGCCUACGGUGGCUCCGGGAUAUGCUUCUGAGACAGAAUGCAAAGGAUCAGGUCAAGUGUAUUUCUCCUAGUGCCCAAACUGGGAAACUUCUGGUCAAAGUAGAGCUGCAAUAUCUGACUUGCCCUUAUAAUCUAUAUGCUUCUACCACAUCAUCUCCAACGGCCAUGAACCACAGUGCAACACGCCAAGUUACUGCUCAUGCCACUCCAAACGUGAGCAGCAGUUGGACAACACCAAAAGCAACCCCCAUGAAUCCUGACCCAUGUCUCUCCAACAGGAUCACAGAAGUAAUUCCAAGUGAAGUCACCACAAACUCCUUGCUGGUGAACUGGAAUGUUCCAGAAGUUUUGGGUGAUGACUACGAAAUUUGGUACAGCACUGGUAUGAAGAUGCAAAGCCUUCGGAUGAUUGGUGGGGUCAGAGAAGUGGAGCUUACUGAGCUCGAAGCUGGAGCAUUUUACAAAAUCUGUGUUGUGCCUCUGAGUAGCUUUAUCAAUAAAUGCAUUCAACCCACUGCCAAUCAAUGCACAGUGGUUCAGACCUUGGGGCUGCUCAGCAGCCCUGAGACCAUUCAGUCUGGGGACAAGGGACACUACAUAAUGGGAACAGGGAUCAGCAUUACAAUUAUACUGUUCAUUAUCAUUGCUUCAAUUAUUGCCUUCAAACUUAAGUCAAGAAAUACUGGUUUCCAAAGACAUUAUGAUGAGGAUGUUCAGCAAAGUAAAAUAGACUUUGAUCAAAUUAACAGUGGUUAUGAAAACAUCAGCGAUGAGGACAUCAUGUAAUUUUCUUCACAUGGUUCAACUUGUGAAGUUUGAAUUGGACAGUCCACUGGAACAUGGCUAGGGAUCACACAUAUAUAUACUCCCCUAACUUGAGCACGUGGCUCUCUCAUGGUAUCCUUAAUUGAUCUGAAUCGGAUUGACAUACAUCAGUGAAGAGUAAUUGGGUAAUCCUUAAUCCUGCUCAAAUGAUUUAGAAAUUUACUCCUGCAUUGAUGGUUUUUGCUGGCGAAUCAUCUUUACUUUGAUGGAAAAAAACCAACAUUACUCUGAUGAUACCAUAUUAGUAAUUUGCCAAGGCAAACAUCCUUCAAUACAUUUACUGCUAUAUUGAUGAAAAGAAAGGACUUAAGAAUCAAUUGCUGUAAUGUUUAUAUUUUCCUGCCUAUAUACAUGUCCAAUUAACAUUUCGCUAAUCAGCUCACUGCAGUUUAACAGAAUUUCCAGUGUGUAAAUUGGUUACCAUGUUUCCAACAUGAUAAUAAUAAUAAUUCUUCUUUUUUAAAAAACAGCAUUGACUGAAUCGAUUUCAAAUGUUGACGUCACGAAAGAUAUCCCAGAAAUACAAAAUCUAUUUUUAAUCUGGUGGUGCUGGGCUGAGUUUAGACCCAAUUUCUUGUUAAUGCUAUAAGUAAUCAUGUUAGAUUAGUCACCAUAAAAUGCUUUUCUGGCACGCAUUUUGGUCAUUAUGCUGACCUAGUCACAGAAAUUAGGCACUCUAUGUUGAGAAAAUAGUGUAGCUAGUCAUUCAGCUGGGAGAAACUGCUGCUGCAGCAAAAGAUUGACAGGGCUAGAACGAAGACUGUUCAAAACAUGCUGCCAGACUUGCUGAGUUUUUAAAAGCACUAUUUUUCUUAAUCUCUGAUGUCCACAGUAUUUUGUGAUUGUGCACUACAACUGUGUCACUCAGCCAAUAUCAUAUCCUUGGCCCCACCAGCCCCUUGUAUGUCAUGGUUUUAAUUUUACCAACAAACCUAGCACAUGACACUAUCAAUCACAUUUUGGAAGUUAAAAACACUAUUUGGACAUUGGAAAUGUGAAUGAACAACAGGAAAUGCUGGAAAUACUUAGCAAUACACAUUUUCAAUUUUUUAGAAUUUCAAUAUAAAAUGGAAAAGGGAUAGCAGAGUCAGGAGGGAAAGACAAAAGAACAUGAAAUGCACUCAAUUACCUAAACCUAUAGGAGACAGUAAAUUGUUGCCAUAACAUUACUACUAGUCCAGCAACAUUACAAUGACUUCACCAUCUCUCAUUCCUAGUAGUUAUGACCCCAGUUCUGAGUUAAUUUAUUCUUACGCUCCUUUGUGCUUCUUUGCCUUUUAUAUAGCAUGAAGACAUUUUGUUAACCACCAGGUGAAGUGUUUAAGUAGGGCUAUUGCAACCAAGCAUCUUAAACAAGACUGCUUUUGCUGCAAUUCAUAACCUGAGAAAAUGUCCUCAAAGCUGUAUCAGUCUCAUUAGAAAAGGAAGAAAUAUGUGGAUUCAUACAGCAUCUUUAUCACCAAAAAAAAACUCAACCCAGUUCACAGAGUUUUCUGAAGCAGUAACAUAGUGCAGUCCACACCAGUUCCAAUUCUUUAAAUAUCAUUUAAAACAAAUAGUCGGUUAAUUAUCUUUUAGUGAUAUUAACUAAGAAUAUGUCGGCUAAGUUGCCAAAAUAAUUCUGUUGGUCUACGGAUAGAACCACGAGACCUAGAAUAUGCAUGUGAUUAGGCUAACAAGCUCUCAGUUCAUUGCCGCUGUGAAAAAUGCAGCACUUCCUUCAGUACUGCAUACGCCCAUUAGCAAACCAGAUUAAUGAACUCAAGUGGGGAACACACAAUACCUUCCUUCAGAGUCACUAUAUUCUAUGGUACAGGAAGUGUCAGAGCUAGCAUGGGAGUUGUCUGCUCACCUUUGAAGGUACAGAUUGUGUCUGAUGCGGGAAGAAUAAGGAAGAAACAAAAAUGAAUUGAAUAUUGCAGACCAUAUGAAAACAUUUCAUCUUAUUCAAACCUAGAUAAUUAUGAACAUAGCUGGCCCUGUAGACGAAAUUAAGCUUAACAGAUAAAAGAACAAUAAGGCCUGCUCAUCACCAUCAUGCCAACAGCCAAUUGCAGUCUAAAGAUCUGAUCUUUUCGGCCUGGCCAUCCUGAUAAUGUGUUCUGGUCUACAGGUACAUCACACAAAAUGUUACAUACAAGAGAUGAACACAUUACCUCUACUUCCAGAGAUGCACACGUGCACCCUCACAUUACUGAUCAGGCCAAGGUGAAGAGGUGAGAGAUAUAAUGCAGUUGUGUGCACCGCUCUGCUAAGACAACACAACUCAAAACCCCUGAUCUUCCUAAGCUACUGAGAAUCCUAUUUAGGAUCAGCUGAAAUUUCCAAACACCACCUCAACCUUUUAUUUGUCAAGCCUUUUAUAAAAAGAAUUCAACUGGAGCAGUUCCCCUAAAGAUCUUGGAUAAUGGGUUCUUAAUUGUUAAGAGUGCAAACAGUUAUCUGGAACAGAAAACAGACUGAGGGUUUCAGUGUCCAGUGGUUUUACGAGUUGGAUAAUCCAAAUGAAGUAAUAUUAAAAUACUUCUUCAAAGACUGGGAUAAGAUUCAGUCCACCUCCUUGAGUACCAAUGAGUUUCCCUACAGCUGCUUUCAAAUCACUUAUGAUCAGACUGUGAUGUUUACAAGUCUGUUUUUCCUCCUGCAUUCUUUUAAAUCUUAAAACAUCACCUCUUGUAAAAAUUAUCUGUUAGAAAAUAUUCGAUUAUAUAAGAAGCCCAUCAGUGUUCUAAUUUUUUUCUCUUGCCCCAAUCAUAACUCAAUUCUUUUCACCAGAAGGCAUCUAUUCGUGGGGGGAUAUGGCUCUCAAAUAGCCUGCAGAUUCUUGCAUCUCCCUAAGUAUCCAUGGUUUGGUAAACUUAGCACUGGUGAGUUAUUCAAAGAUAGAGCUGUGUGCCCCGCACUUACCUAUCUCCCCAUAGACUGGGAUGCAAUAUCUUUAUUCUGUAGCACUGAGUCACAAGGACACCUUUGACUAAUUAGUCAAUUAAGGGAAAAUUGUUUUAAAUUCUUUUUUCCUAUAAUUUUUCAGGUGUAGUUGUGAUGGUGAUAGUGGGGAAUCAGGCAAACAAAGAUUAAAGUACUGCUGGCUACGCAGACCAAAACCUACAAUUCCCCAGACAGGAAAUCCUUGGCUAGGACAGUGAAGGUGGAGAAGGGUAGGUAGCACAAUUCUGCAGCAGCCAACAAGCCCUUUCCAUUUGAUUAAUGAUUUAUAAACUGUAUUAGCUGAACACAGUUAUACAAGUUUGGAAGAACUUUAUGAACACAUUUCCUUCAAAGUCUGUACACAAGUUAGCAGAUGAAGAUGACAGCAUCGACAUAUUUCAGAAGUGGGAUUGAGGUACCAGCCUGUAGGUUUUCGAAUAUGAUUUUGUCUUUCUCCAGGUCAGCUGGUUCAAAUAGGAAGCUGAAUAAUGUGAAUCAUGCCCAUUCAAUUUCAUAAAGCAUCUCACGAAAGAAUAAAGGGCCAAAAUUUAAGCUAAAGCACAUGUUACUUGGAUGUUCAAAGCCACAGAAAUUUGGCUAUUCUCCACUUUUUCUCCUAACACCAAAAUAAGCAAAGGAAACACAAGGCAAGUCAUCAACAGCUUGCAAAUCAGUCACUAAAAAAUGGUUCCAAUUUCGCUUUCACUUGUAAGCAGCCGAAAAUAAUCUGGCCAGAGCUGACUGCAAACUGUCAAAAGGCCAUGAGGUGCAAGCUGGACUGAAGCGAAAGAUCCAGUCUAUAGCACGAAGAAAGUGAAGCAUUCAACACUGUGCAGCUCAAUGGGCAUUUUUACAGCCAUUCCUCGGUAAUGCAUAGAUAAUCCCUCCAGUCCUGUGUACUUCUCUUGUUGCAUCAGCUCCCACAUCACAGGGAUGGUAUUAAAGAUUCUGCAUAGUCUCCAACAAAGUGUAUUUUGCAUUUUGGCAGGAGUCAAAAGCACGAUUGUAUCUACAUUAAAAAGAAAAUUUAAGUGAGUUCAGAGCAA